CUGGUUGUCCCAUCGGACUUGUAAACCCGCGAUCUCAAAAACGAAAAGUUACCGGGCCAACGCAUAGUAACAAAAAACUCUAUACCCGCAUUCAAAUUUUUAAACAACCCUUUAGUUUCAACAAUGUUUAAGAUUCCGGCGAAAUUGAUAACCAUAUCAGGGAAUACACCCAAUACUUAAGUAUACUUGAUAAUUAUUAUAUUAAAUACUCGUACCGAUAUUAAAAUGGUUGUGCGAUUACUGCAACUGCGUUGUUUUAAAACAUUUAUGAAAUUGAAAUUGUUCGUUAAGAUAUAAAUAAAUUGUGGACUCCGGCAAUCGGUAUGAGUGAAGAAAACGUUACGGUGGCGGGUUCUGCAGACGCAGCACCCCAUCGUUCGCCCACACCAGAGAUACACGCGACGUAUACAUCCCUGGAACUGCUUGUGGCGAUAGUGGCCAUCGUUGGCAAUGCUAUGGUGAUACAUGUGUUCCGCCGCGAUAGAAGAUUGCGGCGGCGAACUAAUUACUACAUAGUGUCCUUAGCGAUCGCGGACUUGUUAGUCGGUAUGCUGGGUAUACCCUUCGCGAUAUUGGCUUCAGUGGGACUGCCGCGGAACCUUUACGCUUGCCUUUUCACAACCUCGCUGUUGGUUAUGCUGUGUACGAUAAGCAUCUUCUGCUUGGUAGCGGUGUCGGUGGACCGCUAUUGGGCAAUACUACACCCUAUGUGCUACUCGAGAAACGUACGAACUAAGACGGCGAUUCGUAAGUAUUUAGGAAUUUAA